AUGUCUCCAAAACGCCUCACAACGGAGGAAAAGGGUAAAAGGGUAGCUAACACUGAAGAUGAAACUAUCUGCAGGAGAAUCAGAGCACCGAGCUUUGAUAACUCAGCACUCAUCCAACAAAAUCUGCGAACUCUCAUCGGCAGAGUGACGAGCGCAAAGUAUCAACCUAUAUCACGGUUGCUCGAGGAGCUUCCCCGCAACUGGACACUGAAAGGGAGAGCCUCUGGAUCUGACCUAGGUCAUGAACGCUUCCAGUUUAGGUUUGACCGAGAGGAUGAAAUCCAUAGUGUGCUAAGUAACAGGCCCUACCAUUUCAAUGGAUGGAUGGUGAUUCUUCAGCGCUGGGAAGCUGUCAUCUCUCAAACCUUCCCCUCCCAGAUCCCUUUCUGGAUUGAUAUCAAGGGUCUCCCUCUCCAUUUUUGGCAUGAGAAAAUUAUCUAUAAAUUGGGUCUGGAGCUGGGAACCCUCGAUGACUAUACUGUAUCUGAGACUGCCAUGAGAAUGCGCAUAUCACUCAAUGGUCUCGAACCCAUCACGAAGAACACAAUUGUUGAUUUCGACACGGGAGAGGAGGCGCGGCUUACCCUUGAGUAUGAAGGAAUCCAAUACAUGUGCUACAUCUGCAACCGCCUCACGCACUUUGCAAAGGAAUGUCCGUGGAAACCUAUGCGAGCAACCUCACCAAGCAGAGCCCCGGAGAACCGUCAGACAACGGAAUCUUAUAACCGUCAGUACUCUUCCCUAAGAGAACCACGUUAUCAACCUUAUCCAACACAUAAACGCCAGGAGCGUACCUUGCAGGAAGGAGACUAUCAUCAAAGAUUAGACCGCCAUGGCAGGCUUUUUGGAGAACGAAUCUCUCAGUCACGAGGAGCGGCCAGACCUCUUCGUAAUAAAAUUGCUCCAGCCCCAUAUGAACCAACUAGAAGGGGAGCAAAUGGGAGGUCAAACUCACCAAUCGCAAGAGACUAUGCCUCGGAAGCUAGAAGAUAUGGCUCAAAAUACCCAUCAGACUACAGAGUUCCGACGAAACCAUCAUGA